AGUAAGCAGCGACCGUGUGCCUUGUGCCUGUGAAUGGUAGCAGACUGUGGGUGUGAGAUUGCCCUCAAGCUCUUGGUCUUUCAGUCAGUCGAAGGCGACAUGGUGGGCCGUGGAUUUCAUUUGGAUUUUUUAGACUCAAAAUGUUCUUCCCAUGCGAGCUGUUCACAUGUUUUCAUCCUUGGUUUGAUCUUUGCUUACUACACUACACUCUACUCUCAUGUCCAACCAUCUACAGUGAAGUGCAUGAAUCUUUCUUCUAAAUAUCAGCACUGUGGGAUUCACCCAGAUGGAGUCCAUGAUUUAGACUGUUUUGGUAAACAUAAUUCACAUGAUAUCAAGUGUGUGUGGAAACCUGGAAACCACACAUCAAAAAAGACAUACAUGCUUUUCAUAAAACAAGAUCCCAAACCAUCUUGCAGAGUUCACAAAAACAUCACUGAAUUCUCUAAAAACAUCCCAUUAUAUAAAGAUCGAAACAUGACCGCUGAGGUUUUUGAAACCAGUGAGUCAACAAAUUGCACAAAAGCAGUUUUCAGAGGUUCACCAAAGAGUUUGUCACGAUGUGAUCCUCCAGUUAGCGCAUCUUUCAGACGCCACUCUGGAAGGCUAUUUGUGGAUGUGAGAUGGCAAGAGGUGGACAAAAAGGCCAUUAGCUAUUAUUCAGUGAGCUAUAAAGCACUGGGCAGCCCUUCAUGGAGCAAGUUGCUCCUGCAAUCCCAAAAUAGAACGAAUUGCAUGGUGGAGAAUCUGAACUCCUCACUGGUCUACACAGUUCGGAUACAGUGUGUCACUAAUGAGAAAUGCUCACAGUGUCCAUGGAGUGAAGCCUACACUGUCCCCUCAGAACUGACAACACAACCGGUCAUUGUCAGUCUUAAUAAUACUGACAUUUCAAAGACAAAAGAUCGUCGGCUUCUUUCUGUAAUCUGGAAGUUUUCUGCCAAAGAACGGUAUGACGGCUUCUAUGUGACCAUUGGGAAAGCGUCCGGAGAGGCCCCAUGUAAGCAGAUGAACACCACUCAACCUGAGAUCAAACUGAUUCUGUCCUAUUCAGCUUAUCAUCUUACCAUCAGCGCUUUCAACAACGCCAGCACCUCCCCAGCUGUGAGCCAAACAAUACCACAGCGAGAAUACAAGCCCAGUAUGGGAGCUGGGAAGCUGAACGUGACAGUCCACAACGAGAAAUCUUUUACUAUCUAUUGGAAAGACGAUUUCAUCAAAAAGUAUGUCUGCUUUUCUGUGGAGUGGAUGAAGAGGGGACAUAAAGUAGCAUACAAGUCCUUUUAUGAGGAUGAAAACAACUAUAGGACACUAUCUCCUUUACCAGAGCCUUUGGAGCCUUAUGAGAGAUACACCAUCACUCUGCACACACGACCAAACAAGGACACCUGCAACUUGAAGCAUAUCAACAACAGUGAGAGCACUUAUGGGAGUACAGAGUUCUACUUCAAGGAAGGAUCUCCUGCCAGCGCUCCAAACAUCAGCAGCUUCAAUGUGACACAGACUUCAGUGGUGCUGCAGUGGUCUUCCAUCCCAGAGAAAGACAUCAGAGGUUUCCUACUGGGUUACAUAAUCCACUACAAAGAGUACCACCAGAAGGGGACAGGUACAGAGAGAAAUAUUACAGUGGAUCCACUGUUAAACAGUUAUCAGUUGGCGGAUCUCAAAAGUGGCACAGGAUAUAAAGUCCAGAUAUCAGGUUUCACCCGGGCAGGAGCAGGAGUAAGAAGCAACAUAUACCUCUUUACAACAAACACUCAAGAUGAUAAUAAUCUCAGUGGUGUCAUCACAGUUUUGGUUGUUGUCGGUGUUGUGCUGAUAUUUGGAUCUCCAAUAAUUAAAAGAGCCAGAGUAAUUUUGUGGCCAAGCAUACCUAACCCUGGAAACAGCAAUGCAAUGCAGAAAAUAGAAGGACCCUGUGAGCUGGAACUACUAGAGUCCAUCAAUACUCUGAAGGUGGAAGAAUGGGAUACACAUAGUCUCCACAUAGUUGAGAAAGAAAAUGUGGUCCCUGCCAGCACAUUAGCAUCAAUGUUACCGCUUCUCCGUGCCUCAGACAAUGAGGAGGACUCUACAGAAAUGACCCGUAGCUGGAUCCACAGUGACACAGAGGAUGCAACAGGAGAUAUCGACCGUGACAGUAAUGCAGAAACAUUCUCGGCCAACCAACAGACACACCGCCAGAGUCCUCCUUUUGCCUUUUCAUGUGAUUAUACAACAAUGGAAAUGUUUCAGCAGGUGAUGCCUCAGGGCGUGCCGGCAAAUACAUCGGUCACUCAAGCCAUUGAAAGUGAACCAGAGGAAACAGACUUGACUGGGGUCAAAUCAGGAUUGGACUAUGUACGGCAAUUUAGCACCAGUCCCACCUGCGGCAGCGAGGAGAUGUCCAUGGUUUUCUGAAAACAGUUUGGAACAAGAUUGCAGAGCAUGAAGAGCCAAAAACACAGGAGCAUAAAUACCAUUGCCCACCAGAGGUGCACUAUGAGGAGCUGUCAUACUGUGUGCUGGUUGUCACAGCGUGGAUUCUUUUAGUCCUCAAUGAUCAAUACAACAAGUGCAGUAUUUAGUUCUGUUUAUGUCACUACCAAACUUACUGUUAAAAUAGACACCUACAUACAGUAUAUUUAUAAAGACAGAAGUCCAGUUUAAGUUCCUAAGACAGUUUGUCCAUCUUCCAACCUCUCUACCUGUAUAUCUGCACUACCUGAACAAUCUCUUCUGUCCGUGCACAAUAUCUCCACUCAUUUCUGUACAAAAUGCACGACUUGAUAUUCCUGAGCAUACAGUAUUUUAUCUGUAAAUCUGAAUACCUCAAAAUGACAACAAAACUGAAAAUGCACUCAUUUACAGGCCAAGACUGGUCAUUGAAUGACUCAAUGACCAUAAAUUAAUGUGAAACCUUUGCAAUGCAGUGGUCCCACUCCUUUUUUUUUUACUGACUGAACUCACAAUUAUAAUCUUUACAAUUUGUUACACCAAGGCCGAGAAACAAGACUGAACAAGGGUCUGCAGCCACGCUAGGGUCUGCGACUUAUGCAGUUUGUUAAAUGCUGACGUCAGCAUGACAUGCUGAUGUUGAUGUUUAACCAUCUUUGUUUAGCUUGUUAACUUGCAAGCACAUUUUAAUUGGCACUAAACACAAAGAACAGCUGAGGCUGUAGGGAAUUAGUUUUGCAGGUAUUUGGUCAUAAAUGGUAUUGGACGAAUCAAAAUUUUGGCCAGAGGUCAUACAAUUGUUCUUAACAAUAGUAAUACAUAGUAUGAAAACAAGACGAGUAGUAAUACCAUUAGCAAUGUUCUUUAAGUGUUUACAGAAGUCCCGACAGUGUGACGUCGAGCUAGCAUGCACAGUACUGGGACAUUGAAACAAAAUCAAUUUUAUCAUUUACACCUCUGCUUUUCCUAGUGAUGUGAAAAUGACAUCAACAUACAUUUCCUUAAAAUAGUUAUGGAGCCAUUUCGCUGAAAGCCAACCUCAUGUUGACCCCAGAGCAGCGGUUCUUAAACUUUUCCUGUCAUGCCCCCCUUCAGACGCCGAAAAAAGUGAAUGCCCCGCCACCACAGAAUGGACAGAAUUCUUAUCGAUCAUUAACAAUACUGUGGGAGCAACAAAUAAAGGAGACCGGGUUAGGUCUUUAUUGCACACAGAAGUCCACAGUGAAACAGUUCUUUGUCAAGUUGCAGAAAACACAUUAAGAUCCAAACCAGGAAACCAAAGGCUGACUGAGAUCAAUCUGUAAUACUUGACGGUAUGACACAACAAGGGCACUAAAAGCAAAAUAACUGAACGAAAAGUCUCUUUAUUGGUUGCUGUUGGAAACAGAUCAGAUGUAUUUUUAUAAUCAAAUUGAGGAGGAUCACAGAGAUACAUCCAAGCUCUUCGAUAACAGUAUUACCAAACCUUCACAGCAAGUGCCCAAUCCCCCAGGAGCAAACCGCGACUCGUUUCUACAGUGUAUACCAUACAUAGUGGAUACAGUGAUAUAAAAAAUAAAAUUAUUCACAUACUGUCAGUUGCGUUGGAAAUGCUUUACUAAAUGCUAUCACAGGUUCUCCACUUCAAACUGAAGCCUUGUGUACGUAAAAAAAAAAUAAAAUAAGACAAAGAAAAGAAAUACAAAUACAUGAAAAUUAGGUUUGUAAAAGCCAUAGCAGGAUUUGGACAGUCGUAACGUCUUUAAGUCUACUUUUUUUUUUUUUUUAAUAA